AUGACCAGAAACCAAGUUAGCGCACAAGUGAAAAGAAAGCAAGAGAGCGCGCAAGUGACAAGAAACCAAGAGAGCGCGCGAGUGACAAGAGAGCGCGCGAGUGACAAAAAACCAAGCGAGCGCGCGCGUGACAAGAAACCAAGAAAGCGCGCGAGUGACAAGAAGAAAGCAAGAGAGCACGCAAGUGACAAGAAAGCAAGAGAGCGCGCAAGUGACAAGAAGAAACCAACAAGAGAGCGCGCGAGUGACAAGAAACCAAGAGAGCGCGCAAGUGACAAGAAAGCAAGAGAGCGCGCGAGUGACAAGAAACCAAGAGAGCGCGCGAGUGACAAGAAAGCAAGAGAGCGCACGAGUGACAAGAAAGCAAGAGAGCGCGCGAGUGACAAGAAAGCAAGAGAGCGCGCGAGUGACAAGAAACCAAGAAAGCGCGCAAGUGACAAGAAAGCAAGAGAGCGCGCGAGUGACAAGAAAGCAAGAGAGCGCGCGAGUGACAAGAAAGCAAGAGAGCGCACGAGUGACAAGAAAGCAAGAGAGCGCACGAGUGACAAGAAAGCAAGAGAGCGCGCGAGUGACAAGAAAGCAAGAGAGCGCACGAGUGACAAGAAAGCAAGAGAGCGCACGAGUGACAAGAAAGCAAGAGAGCGCGCGAGUGACAAGAAGAAAGCAAGAGAGCGCGCAAGUGACAAGAAAGCAAGAGAGCGCACGAGUGACAAGAAAGCAAGAGAGCGCGCGAGUGACAAGAAAGCAAGAGAGCGCGCGAGUGACAAGAAACCAAGAGAGCGCGCGAGUGACAAGAAAGCAAGAGAGCGCACGAGUGACAAGAAAGCAAGAGAGCGCGCGAGUGACAAGAAGAAACCAAAGAGCGCGCGAGUGACAAGAAAGCAAGAGAGCGCACGAGUGACAAGAAAGCAAGAGAGCGCGCGAGUGACAAGAAAGCAAGAGAGCGCACGAGUGACAAGAAAACAAGAGAGCGCGCGAGUGACAAGAAAGCAAGAGAUCGCGCGAGUGACAAGAGAGCGCGCAAGUGACAAGAAAGCAAGAGAGCGCGCGAGUGACAAGAAAGCAAGAGAGCGCGCGAGUGACAAGAAAGCAAGAGAGCGCACGAGUGACAAGAAAGCAAGAGAGCGCACGAGUGACAAGAAAGCAAGAGAGCGCACGAGUGACAAGAAAGCAAGAGAGCGCGCGAGUGACAAGAAAGCAAGAGAGCGCACGAGUGACAAGAAAGCAAGAGAGCGCACGAGUGACAAGAAAGCAAGAGAGCGCGCGAGUGACAAGAAGAAAGCAAGAGAGCGCGCAAGUGACAAGAAAGCAAGAGAGCGCACGAGUGACAAGAAAGCAAGAGAGCGCGCGAGUGACAAGAAAGCAAGAGAGCGCGCGAGUGACAAGAAACCAAGAGAGCGCGCGAGUGACAAGAAAGCAAGAGAGCGCACGAGUGACAAGAAAGCAAGAGAGCGCGCGAGUGACAAGAAGAAACCAAGUUAG